AUGUCAUUUGUACCCGUAAUAUCCCUUUCUCCUGCUCGAGCGUCUCAGGAAAUAUCGGACGAGAUGCGCGCAGCCUGUCUAAGGAAUGGUUUCUUCCAAAUAACCGAAUUCAAUCACAUAUUAUCCUCAGAGCUCUUGUCUCGCACACUUUCGGCCUCUAAAGCGUUCUUUGACUUGCCUCUCGACGUCAAAUCCGCGCUGUUCAAGGAGAAUCAUAUAUGCGGCGGAUAUGAACCUUACAAAGCCAUGAAUCUCGACCCGGGAGACAAAUCUGGCUACGGUCACAACGAAGGCUACUCUGUUGCCAGCUCUGGCUAUCCAACAGCCUGGCCGGCCGAACAAAUACUCCCCGGCUUUCGGGCAACAAUGGAAGAGUACUUCACCGCAGUUAAUCGCCUAGCGGGUGUCGUAUCUGGCUACUUGGCUCUGGGGCUCGACCUCUCUCCUGACUUUUUUGGCGACUUCUUUCAUGGCCAGCUCGCGCAUAUCAAGCUGGCGCACUACUACCGUCCAGAGCAUUCUCAAGGAGACGAAGGAUCCGUUGGUGUUGCUCCUCACACGGAUUGGGGAGCCAUUACAAUCCUCCUCCAAGACUCUGUCGGCGGUCUAGAAGUAUUUGACCAGGAUAGUCUCCGGUGGAUAAAGGUCUCAGCGCGUCCGAAUACACUCGUCGUCAACCUGGGAGACUUACUAGCACGAUGGACGAAUGACCGGUAUAAGUCGACGCGGCAUCGCGUUACAUCUCCUCCUCAAGGCAUACAUCGAUACUCAAUCCCCUUCUUUUCUCAAGGACAUCCGGAUUAUGUCGUUCAAGUGAUCAAUUCUUGUAUCAGGCCAGGCGAGGUCGCGAAAUACAACCCUAUCCGGGCCGAAGAGUACUUUAAACUCAAAUUCGAAAGCACUUACAGUAUACCAGCCCUAAUAGCCCGUGACCCAUAG